CAUUUCUCUUGAAGAGAUGACAGCUACUUCUGAGGUACCCAAUCAAAAGGGUACCCUGCACUCUUGUAAUCUCUCUAUAAAGAGCACACCAUACCUUGGCAGUAGAGCACCUCCUAAGUCCUUGUGGAGAUGGGACUGCUCUUCUGUCUUGUUCUCUCUCUUCUCCUCUUAAGAACAUCUCCUCUUAGAGAUGUUCCCCACAGCUCAUGCUCUACAAAACUUGAAGAGGACCACCACCACUUCAACAGCUCCGGCCUCCACCUCACCCUCCACCACCCCCGGAGCCCCUGCUCGCCGGCCUCCCUCCACCACCUCCCCUUCUCCACCGUCCUCUCCCAUGACGACUCCCGCGCCCAAUUCCUCGCCGCCCGGCUGACCAAAACCGGCGCCCCCCGCCCGAAAUCCGCCCUCAUCGACCCCGAUUCCGCCACCAUCCCCCUCAGCUCCGGCAUGUCCGUCGGCGUCGGCAACUACAUCACCCGCAUCGGCCUCGGCACCCCCUCCACCUCCUAUGUCAUGGUGGUCGACACCGGCUCCUCCCUCACCUGGCUCCAGUGCUCGCCUUGCCGGGUCUCCUGCCACGAACAAGUCGGCUCCGUCUUCAAGCCCUCCUCCUCCGCCACCUACCGCUCCGUCUCCUGCUCCGAACCCGAAUGCGACGGCCUCCAGUCCGCCACCCUCAACCCCUCCGCCUGCACCACCUCCAAUGUAUGCAUCUACCAGGCCAGCUAUGGCGACAGCUCCUUCUCCGUCGGUUACCUCGCCAAGGACACCCUCGCCCUCGGCGACGCCGGUAGAAUCCUCCCCAACCUUGUCUUCGGCUGCGGCCAGGAUAACGAGGGCCUCUUCGGCAAGUCCGCCGGCCUCAUCGGACUCGCACGUAACAGACUAUCCCUCCUAUCCCAGCUCGCCCCCAAACUCGGCAAUGCGUUCUCCUACUGCCUGCCGACUACGGCGUCCACCGGAUACGUGACCAUCGGGUCGUACCCCUCGGCUCAGUACGUGUACACUCCACUGGUCUCGAGCUCGCUGGACGGCUCGCUCUACUUCGUUAGGCUCACCGGCAUUACGGUCCGAGGGAAGGGGCUUGCGGUUGCACAGUCGGCUUACACCAGCAUGCCGACGAUCGUGGACUCCGGCACGGUGAUUACUAGGCUGCCGUCGGAUGUGUACUCGGCGUUGAGCAAGGCGGUGGUGGCGGCGCUCAGCGGGCAUGCCCGGGCGCCGGCGUACUCGAUAUUGGACACGUGCUACAGGGGGAGCGCGAAGGGACUGGGGGUGCCGGAGGUGGAUAUGGUGUUCCAAGGAGGGGCGGCGUUGAGGCUACCGGCGAGGAAUGUGAUGAUCGACGUGGACAGCAGCACGACGUGCCUGGCGUUUGCACCGACCGACAGAGUGGUGAUCAUCGGGAACAGGCAGCAGCAGACGUUCCGGGUGGCGUACGAUGUGGCGAGGUCCAGGAUUGGGUUCGCCGCCGGUGGGUGUGGGUGAGGUCGUGGCUCACUAUGGUGGUGGUAAUUGUAAUAAUAAGAAAUAAUGGAUGUAUGUGCUACUUUUACUGAAUAGAAUAGGGGAAUUUGAUAAAGGGCCAAAGAAGGGGAUACAGUAUCACCGGGAUAUGGUAUCCCAGUGGAAGGUGAUCAUGACAGGACUAUGGCAAGCCAACGGGCUGACCUUUAUAU